CAGGGAAAGGAGAUGCGGAAUGAUGCUGCUGAUGAUGAUGACGACCCUAAUGCUGAUCACAGCGGCGACUGCAAACCGAGCCCCGUACUUCGCCAACGGAGGCGACAUGGCUAAGUUCGCCCUAGCGGAGGGCACUGCCGUCGGGUCCCCUGUCUACAGGCUCCAGGGGAUAGACCCCGAAGGGGGACCUGUCCAUUACUCCAUCUCUGGACAACACUUCGUCGUAGACAGAGACUCGGGGAUCGUCAGUCUUGUGAGGCCUCUAGAUCGUGAGGUCAGUCCCAUCAUAGAAGUCAUCAUCAGUAUAACAGAUGACCCGCUGGGAGAAGGCGAACCCAACACCGUCUCCCUUAGGCGAGAGAUUCCAAUCUUGGACGCCAACGACAACGUACCGGAGUUCUCAGGAAGGCCUUACUCCGCCGUCGUGUCCGAGGCGGCCAAACCAGGGACCAUAAUCUUCUCAAACAUCAUCGUCAGUGACGCAGAUGCGGCACAGAAUUCAGAGAUUGUCAUAACUUGCGUAUCGGGAGGUUGCGAAAAGUUCGACAUCAACACAGAGAAGAUUGCAGAGGGUCAGUAUAAAGGAAUCAUAACAUUAAGAGAAAUGCUUGAUUUUGAAAGUGCAACUUCAUACAGUUUAACAAUCAUGGCAAGUGAUCAAAGUAUUGACAAUCCUCUUUCUGCUACAGCCAAUGUAGCCAUUAAUGUUCGUGAUGUUCAGGACCAACCUCCUGUUUUCUUGAACGCUCCUUAUUCAGCUACUCUUCAAGAGAACACUUCACCAGGUUUUCAAGUACUACAAAUAAAAGUGAAAGAUGGAGAUGUUGGUGACCCUCGCCCUAUACUUCUGUCUAUUGAAGGAGAUACUCUUGGGUAUUUUAAACUCGUUAAAAAUUCACUAGUUACUUCACAUAUUCCAAUCGAUCGAGAAAAUCCAGAAAUACUUCAAAAUGGAGGCGUAUAUACUUUUAAUGUCAAGGCAACUGAACUGAUCAAUAAUGAGCUUCCUGGAGAUUACAGUUAUGAACGAGUUACUAUUGUUAUUACAGAUGUCGACGAUCAAAUUCCUCAAUUUAACAAACCAUUAUUUCAUAUAAAUGUUUCUGAAGACAUUGCUUUGGGAACACCACUGCCUGGUCUGAACAUGGUGGUGUCAGAUGAGGAUUUAGGUGAAAAUGCUCACUUCAAUCUUGGUUUGAAGUCUACUGACAGACGUGCAAUGGAAUGGUUCAGAGUUGAACCAUCAGUUGCAUUUGGAAGAACUCCAGUAGUCAUAAGGGUCCAUAGUAACUCUGGACUAGACUAUGAUACAGGCUUGAGGCAGAUACAAUUUACUGUUGUUUGUUAUGUUCAUACUACAAAGGGAGAGGCCUUGGAAGUAUCAUCUAGCGAUGUAGUUGUAACAAUAAUUGAUGCAAAUGAUAAUGCUCCAAUUUUUAAUCAAGGCAGUUACAGCUUUACUAUUCCCGAAGACACUCCACCUGGUUCAAAUGUUGCUAACAUAUCAGCUAUAGAUUUAGAUAGCGGUGAAUUUGGGAAGAUAGCUUACUCCUUGAAAGGAUUUGGUACAAAUAAAUUUGGAACUGAAUCAUUUUCUGGAAACCUUUACCUUACUGGAAAGGUAGAUUACGAAAAACAAAAAUCAUAUUCUUUGAGUAUGGAAGCACGAGACGGAGGUGGACGGGUCAGUACAGUUUCUCUUCUGAUUAGUCUCAGUGAUGUUAAUGAUAACCCUCCAGAAUGGGAGCUGUCACAAUAUCAAAGAACAGUUAGGGAGGGAGCUACUGUUUUCCAGCCACAAUUUUUUAUUAGAGCCUUGGAUGCUGAUAAAGAUGGAGAAAGCCAGAUAACCUACAAAGUAUUAUCCAGCAAUUCUGACAUUUUAAGUGUUGACUACAGGACAGGAGAAGUACGCAUAAAUGCACCUGUAAGCUCUGAGCAUACUUCCCGAGGGCAGUAUGAGAUGGUAGUUAGAGCUUUUGAUGAUGGCUCUCCACCGCUUCAUAAUGAUGUUCCUGUUUAUGUCCGAGUUGGUGUCCCUGGCAAUCAACGCCCUGUGUUUCGCGGUGUUCCAUACAAUGUCACCAUUCCUGAAACAACAAUUUCUGGAAAAGAAAUUUUAACUGUUCGAGCAACAGACCCUGAUGGACCAGAUACAGCUAUUCAGUAUCGAAUAGCAAAUGGAGCCGAUAAUUUCCAAAUUAAUGAGAGUUCAGGAGUGAUGACAGUUUCUCAAGCAGCCAUUUUAGAUCCUGAUGUUACCAUGACUACUCGCUACAAUGUUAUUGUAUUAGCAGUUGACAGUGGAGGACCUGUGAAGGAAACUGCUCAGACGACUGUCAUUGUCAACAUAAAGGACAUUAACAACAAACCACCAAAUUUCUCACCAAAUGCCAAUUAUGUGAGACAUAUUUCAGAACGUACUGAAAUCAAUAAGAAAGUUUUGACUGUGGAAGCUAUUGAUCCCGACCAAAAUGCUGACUUAGAGUAUACAAUAAUUGAUGUAAGGGCUAUUCAUAAAUCUGGUACUCCUGUUACCGAAACCCAAGUUUAUGAUUUUACCAAAGCUUUUAUAAUUGAUAAGAAGACUGGAGAAAUCAAGGUAAAUUCACACUUAAGUCAUCAAUCGACUGCUGUAAUCAUUUUGACUAUUGAAGUAAAAGAUAAAAAUGCCGAAAUGGAUGCCGAGCUACAAUAUGCCAAAGUGGAAGUUACUAUCUAUAUACAAGCUUAUGAUGAGCAAAAUCCCAAAUUCACUGUGGGUACUUGGACCCCACUUGAUCCGGUAAUAGCUUUAAAUAUACAAGAAGAAAGACCAAUUGGGAGUACAUUGUUUGUUUUAACUGCAGUGGACCCAACUACCAGUGAAUCGAUUACCAAGUUCAGCCUGAUACCUCCUCUUCCCUCGUUAGUUGGAUUGGAUGACUCUGGAGCUAUAACAGUCACCAAAAGAAUAGACUAUGAAUUUUUGAAAGAGAAAACAAUUUCAUUCAGAGUUGGCGCUACUUCCAAUGACAACAUGAGAGUUAGUGAAGCCCAUAUUAUAUUGAAUAUUGAAGAUAUCAAUGACCAUAUGCCCGAGUUCAAAAAAAGUGUCUAUCAUGGAAAGGUUGUUGAAUCAGCAAGUAAGAAUACUGUAGUAUUACAAGUAGAAGCAGUUGAUAAUGAUGAGUCAAAUACCACUCUUGGUUUUGGCGAUGUGGUAUAUUCACUAUCCGGAGAAAAUGCUGCUUUAUUUAAUAUAAAUGCCACUACUGGAGAGAUUAAGGUUUCUGGAAAUGGUACUAUUGAUAGGGAAAAAGAACCAGUUUUAAGAUUAGUUGUAACUGCUUCUGAUACACCACCGGGUGGUUCUAACCAGAGAAAAUCUUCGGUAGCUGUUGUUAUUGAGGUUGAAGAUGUCAACGAUAAUCCCCCAUUGUUCAGUGCAGCAGAGUAUACCACUGUUGUCCUUGAAAAUGUUCCUGAAGGAACAUCUGUUGUUAAUGUAAGUGCCACAGAUUUGGACAGUGGAGAAGGAGGUAUCGUGGAAUAUGAAAUUGCUGAUCAAUCUGAAGCUGCUGGUCUCUUUAAGAUAAAUCAAACAACAGGAGAACUGAAGACAAAUAUUGCACUUACCGGCAAAGGAAGGACUGAACCUUACAUUCUUAAGGUUAGGGCUCAGGACAAAGGUUCUCCAAUUCUUUUUUCUGAUGUAUCAUUAAAAGCUUUUAUUGGCGAUGUUGUCACAAAUGAUGGUAUUCCAUACUUCAUCCAUCCAACUGUUAACGAAACAGCUUACAUAUCUGAGAACACUUCUAUUGGAGCUCCUGUUUUCCGAGUGGUUGCCUCUGAUCCUGACAACCCUAAUUCACCGGAGGGACAAGUUCGCUAUAGCUUUUUACAGGACGGAGCUGAUUCGUUGGCAUUUAAUAUUGACCUGGUCACUGGUCUUAUCACUACUCGGGAAACUCUGGACCGUGAAAAGAAGAGUAAUUAUUCACUUAUACUUGUUGCUCAAGAUUCAGGCUUGGUUCCACAGCAUACUACAAGGCAACUGAACAUUACUGUCAGUGAUAUUGAUGAUAAUAAACCCAUGUUUAAGAGAUCCAUUGAUGAAGAACCACUUGAGUUCAAUAUUGAUGAAGAAGUCAGUCCUAACACUACUAUUGGGAUUAUUCAAGCUUUUGAUGCAGAUAUUGGAGAAAAUGCAAAUAUUGGCUAUCUUAUAACGUUUGGAAAUGAAGAUGGCUUAUUCUCUUUGAGACGUUUAGAAAAUAACUCAGCUCUUCUUCUUGUUAAUGGAAGGCUAGAUCAGGAAAUUGCCAAUGAACAUUUGCUAACUUUGAAGUGCUUUAAAUUAUCAACAACGCCUCAGAACUUAAGGAAAGCUUAUAAUCGUGUGGACCUUAGUGAAAGACAAAUUAAGAUUAAUAUUAAUGACUUGGAUGAUAAUUUACCAAGAUUCAUAAAUAACAACAUCACAGUAGGUGUUAGAGUUAAUGUUCCCCAUGAUACCCUUCUUUACACAUUAACUGCAGUUGAUGAUGAUGCAGAUGCUCGACCCAUCAUUUAUUCGAUAGAGAGUGUUGAAUUCAGUCUUCCUCCCACUUCACACCGAGAGGUUAAAAGCAAUUUUUCAAUAUUCUCUGCUUUUGUUUUGGAUAAUAGUACUGGAGAGCUAAGAACAGCAGCUAGUAUGUCAGAUUACUAUGACGGACAUUUCACAAUUAAAGUUGCUGCUUCUAACAGAAUGACAAAUGAAAGUUCUUUUGCAACUGUGAAGAUUUUUGUUGUGCGAGACCGAGGAUUGAUGAAAUUUAUAUUUGGACUGCCUCCCAACGAAAUAAGGGCCAAUCUAGAGAAGUUUAAAAAGGAUGUUGAAGAAGCUCUGGAUGUACCUGUAUCUUUAAAUGUCUACGACACACAAUUCUUCGCUAAAUCAGAUGGAAGUCUGGACUUUAGUUCCACAAGUUCUUGUUUCCAACUUGUGGGAACACAUAUGUUUGAUGUGAAAGAAAUGGAAAGAAUAAUGUCGCCGUCUGCAAAUCCUGCAGUUGAUAAAGUUUACCAAAAACAUAAUGUAUUGGGUGUGCAGCGUUGUGCUCCCAGCUUGGCCAAAGCUGAAAUUACAUGGGUUCAACUCUGCCUUCUAGGCAUUGCCUCCUUCAUAGGUAUUGCUUCACUCAUCUCAGGCUGUGUUCUUUGCUGUUCAUACAAUAAAUGGCAGAGGAUACGAUGA